UUCUGCUUACCAGAGGAAGAAAAAGAAAAAAAAAAAGGCAGUCACCAUCUCCAAAAGCAAAAGCUAAAAGGAUUUGAAAUCAAACCAAAAAGCAGUCCCCUCCAAAAAGCAACACGGUAGACUCUCUCUCUUUCUCAGACUGAAUCUCUUUGUCAUUAAGUAAUGAAAAUGCAGAAGCAGAAGCAGAAUCUUAUAAUAAUAAUCUCAGCAAUCACAAUAGUCACUUUCUCAAAUUCCCAAACAACACUUGUUAUUGUCACCAUCACUCAGCUACACCAAUGUCUUCUUCAUCAGAAAUUGUACUUGCAGACCCUGUCAUCGAACCAAGCAAUGAGCAUGCAAUUACAACGUCAUCGUCUGCCAGCUUUCCUAAUGGUGAUGAUGAUGAUGAUGCUCCUCAGCCUUUUGACAGUGAGAGGUUGCCCCCUACUUUGUCUAGAGAAAUCCAACGCUUUCUUCGUAUUGCCAAUUUAAUCCAGUCCCAGGAGCCUCGCAUUGCUUAUCUUUGCCGGUUUCAAGCUUUUGAAAUCGCACAUAACAUGGACCGCAACUCGAAUGGACGGGGCGUUCGCCAAUUUAAAACUUCUCUUCUUCGACGACUUGAACAUGAUGAAGAAACAACCUUGAGGAAGAGAAAGGAGAAGAGUGAUAUACGUGAACUUAGACGUGUUUAUCACGCAUACAAGGAAUUUAUUAUUAAAAAUGGUGGAGGGUUUGAUUUGGAUGAUAGUCAUAGAGAGAUGUUGAUAAAUGCACGAAGAAUUGCUUCUGUGUUGUUUGAAGUAUUAAAGACAGUGACAGACGCAGCUGGUCAUCAGGCUCUUGCUGAGAGGGACAGUAACCGUGCAAAAUCUGAGCUCUAUGUACCAUAUAACAUUCUUCCUCUGGAUCAUGGAGGUAUUCAGCAAGCAAUUAUGCAACUCCCUGAGAUUAAAGCUGCAGUUGCAGCUGUCCGAAAUGUACGUGGCUUACCUUCGGCUCAAGAUUUCAAUAAAUGUGGACCUUUCAUUGAUUUGUUUGAAUUUCUUCAAUGUUGCUUUGGGUUCCAGGAAGGAAAUGUAGCCAACCAGAGGGAGCAUCUAAUUUUACUCCUUGCUAACACCCAUAUUAGGCAAUCUCAUAAGCAGACAUCUAUCCUAAAGUUAGGGGAUGGAGCUGUGGAUGAAUUGAUGAAAAAGUUUUUUAAAAAUUAUACUAAUUGGUGCAAAUAUCUGGGGAGAACAAAUAACAUAAGGUUGCCUUGUGUGAAACAGGAAGCUCAACAACAUAAAUUGCUAUAUAUAGGUCUUUACCUUCUUAUAUGGGGGGAGGCGGCAAACUUACGAUUUAUGCCAGAAUGUUUAUGUUAUAUUUUUCACCAUAUGGCAUAUGAAAUGCAUGGUAUGCUAACUGGUGCUGUUAGUUUGAUAACUGGGGAGAAGGUCAUGCCAGCAUAUGGAGGAGGAUCUGAGUCUUUCCUUACCAAUGUGAUUACCCCUAUAUACAGGAUUAUAUAUGAGGAAGCUGAGAAAAGCAAAGGUGGGACAGCUGACCAUUCUACGUGGAGAAACUAUGAUGAUCUGAACGAGUAUUUUUGGUCUCCUGAUUGUUUCCAAAUAGGUUGGCCCAUGCGUCUGGCUCAUGAUUUCUUCUGUGUACAGUCUUCAAAUAAAAGCAAAGUAAAAAAGGCUGUAUAUGAAAAGAAGAAGAGAGAAGCAAAAGAAGAUGAAGAAAUGGGACUAAACAGAGAUGAGGAGCCAGGGGCUCCUGUAGAAGAUCAUCGAGAACCAAGAUGGCUGGGGAAGACAAACUUUGUAGAGAUUCGUUCAUUUUGGCAAAUAUUUAGAAGCUUUGAUAGAAUGUGGAGCUUUUUUAUCCUAUCCCUUCAGGCAAUGAUAAUUAUGGCCUGCCAUGAUUUGGGAUCUCCACUUGAAAUACUUGAUGCUAUAAUCUUUGAAGAUAUUAUGAGCAUCUUCAUAACAUCUGCAAUUCUUAAACUCAUACAAGCAAUUCUUGAAAUUUUCUUUACAUGGAAAGCUAGAAUCAUAAUGGAUUUUUCAAGGAAGAGGAAACAAGUAUUGAAGCUAGCUGUUGCAAUCAUAUGGACUAUUGUUCUUCCUGUAUAUUAUGCUAAAUCCAGAAGAAACUACACGUGUUAUUCUACACAAUAUGGAAGUUGGCUCGGUCAAUUGUGCAUCUCUUCCUAUAUGGUUGCAGUUGGAAUUUACCUGAUGACUAAUGCAGUUGAAAUGGUCUUAUUUUUUGUUCCUGUUGUCGGAAAAUAUAUUGAGAUCUCAAACAAUCGCAUAUGUAAAAUCUUUUCUUGGUGGACACAGCCAAGAUUAUAUGUUGGACGUGGGAUGCAAGAAACCCAAAUUUCCGUUUUCAAAUAUACAUUGUUUUGGGUGCUGGUACUUGCAACCAAGUUUUUAUUCAGUUAUACUUUUGAGAUCAGACCACUCAUUGCACCAACAAGACUAAUCCUCAGAAUUGGAGUGCAAAAUUAUGAUUGGCACGAGCUUUUCCCCAAAGUGAAAAGUAAUGCUGGGGCAAUUAUAGCCAUAUGGGCUCCAAUUAUCGUUGUGUAUUUCAUGGACACUCAGAUCUGGUAUUCUGUUUUCUGUACGAUCUUUGGCGGCAUUUAUGGCAUUAUACAUCAUCUUGGAGAGAUCCGGACAUUGGGAAUGCUAAGAAGUAGAUUUCAUACUUUGCCUUCUGCAUUCAAUGCUUGUCUGAUCCCACCCUCAGCAAAAAAAGAUCAGAAAACAAUAAGAAAUUUCUUUCAUAAGAGAUUUCACAAGGUGCAUGAAACUGGAACAAAUGGUAUUGCCAAGUUUGUCCUUGUAUGGAACCAGAUAAUCAAUACUUUUCGAUUAGAGGACUUGAUAAGCAACAGUGAGUUGGAUUUAAUGACAAUACCUAUGUCCUCGGAGCUUUUCUCUGGCAUGGUUCGUUGGCCAAUUUUUCUCCUAGCAAAUAAGUUUUCAAUGGCCAUAAGCAUUGCAAGAGACUUCACAGGAAAAGAUGAGAUUCUUUUUCGAAAGAUAAAGAAGGACAAGUACAUGUACAGCGCUGUGAAGGAGUGCUAUGAGUCACUCAAAUAUGUGCUUGAAAUUCUCAUAGUAGGCAAUUUGGAGAAAAGGGUUGUGUCCUGUAUACUAAAGGAAAUUGAAGAAAGCAUUGAAAGAUCAAGUCUUCUUGAUGACUUCAAGAUGAGCGAGCUUCCAGCUCUGCAAGCUAAGUGCAUUGAAUUAGUUAAACUUUUGGUCGAGGGAAAUGAAAACCAUUACAGUAGUGUUGUGAGAAUUCUCCAGGAUAUUUUUGAGCUUGUAACAAAUGAUAUGAUGACAGACAAUUCAAGAAUAUUGGAUUUGCUCCACUUUCCCGAACAUGAGGAAGAAAGUUUUGCAUAUUUUUCUAGAAGAAUCGAACCACAAUUAUUUGAAUCAGCUGCUGAUAGUUCUAUCCACUUUCCACUGCCAAACACUGACCCUCUUAAUGACCAGGUUAAGCGUCUUCAUUUGUUGCUUACCGUGAAAGACAAAGCCAUGGAUAUACCUGCUAAUUUAGAAGCUCGGAGACGAAUUUCAUUUUUCGCUACUUCACUUUUUACUGAUAUGCCCACUGCUCCCAAAGUACGGAAUAUGCUAUCUUUCAGUGUGAUGACUCCACACUACAAGGAAGAUAUCAAUUACUCAAUGAAGGAGCUUGAUUCAAGCAAAGAAGAGGUUUCCAUCUUAUUUUACAUGCAGAAAAUAUAUCCAGAUGAGUGGAAAAACUUUUUGGAGCGCAUGGAAUGUGAAAAUUCAGACAUUAAAGAUGAAAGCAAGAAAGAGGAACUGAGAAAUUGGGCUUCUUUCCGGGGCCAAACAUUAAGCAGAACAGUUAGAGGAAUGAUGUAUUAUAGAGAAGCCUUAAGAGUUCAAGCAUUUCUUGAUUUGGCCGAGGAUGAAGAUAUUCUUGAAGGUUAUGAUGUUGCUGAAAAAAAUAAUCGUACAUUGUUUGCUCAACUAGAUGCUCUAGCAGACUUGAAAUUCACUUAUAUUAUUUCCUGUCAAAUGUAUGGGUCACAAAAGUCAUCUGGAGACCCCCAUGCAAAUGACAUUCUUGAACUGAUGAAGAGAUAUCCAUCUGUCCGUGUUGCUUAUGUUGAGGAGAAAGAAGAGAUCGUGAAUGAUACACCUCGAAAGGUUUAUUCUUCUGUAUUGGUUAAAGCUGUCAAUGGGCUUGAUCAGGAAAUAUAUAGGAUAAAGCUUCCUGGUCCGCCAAAUAUUGGAGAAGGGAAACCCGAAAAUCAAAAUCAUGCCAUAAUCUUUACACGUGGUGAAGCUCUUCAAGCUAUUGAUAUGAACCAGGACAAUUAUUUGGAAGAAGCUUUCAAAAUGAGAAACCUUUUACAAGAAUUUUUUCAGCAGCAAGGGCGACGGCCUCCAACUGUACUUGGCUUGAGGGAGCACAUAUUCACUGGAAGUGUUUCUUCUUUAGCAUGGUUCAUGUCAUAUCAAGAGACAAGCUUUGUCACCAUUGGUCAACGGCUUCUUGCCAACCCUCUCAGGGUAAGGUUCCAUUAUGGACACCCUGAUGUAUUUGAUAGGUUAUUUCACAUCACGAGAGGUGGCAUAAGCAAAGCAUCAAGAACAAUAAACUUAAGUGAAGAUGUAUUUGCCGGGUUUAAUUCUACCUUACGACGUGGCUGUAUCACUUAUCAUGAGUACUUGCAAGUUGGUAAAGGGCGUGAUGUUGGCCUAAAUCAGAUCUCUAAGUUUGAGGCCAAAGUAGCAAAUGGAAACAGUGAGCAAAGUAUAAGUCGCGACAUAUAUCGGCUUGGACAAUGGUUUGAUUUUUUCCGGAUGCUAUCUUGUUACUUCACAACAAUUGGGUUUUACUUCAGUAACCUGAUUUCAGUAAUUGGAAUUUAUGUAUUCCUCUACGGGCAGCUGUAUCUUGUCCUUAGUGGGCUUCAAAGAGCGCUACUCCUUGAGGCUAGAAUGCAUAACAUACGGUCAUUAGAAACAGCUCUGGCCUCUCAGUCAUUUAUUCAGCUUGGUCUUCUUACCGGCUUACCUAUGGUAAUGGAGAUUGGACUUGAGAAAGGAUUUCUCACAGCCUUCAAAGAUUUUAUUCUCAUGCAAUUGCAGCUAGCUUCUGUAUUCUUCACUUUCUCACUUGGUACAAAAAUUCAUCAUUAUGGUAGAACAAUUUUGUAUGGAGGUGCGAAGUAUAGACCUACCGGGCGUAAGGUUGUGGUGUUUCAUGCCAGCUUCACUGAAAAUUACAGACUGUAUUCCCGGAGCCACUUCGUUAAAGGAUUUGAAGUAGUGCUCCUUUUAAUUGUUUAUGAUUUGUUUCGACGGUCCUACCAGAGCAGCAUGGCAUAUGUACUAAUUACCUAUUCCAUUUGGUUCAUGUCAAUAACUUGGUUAUUUGCUCCAUUUCUAUUUAAUCCUUCUGGAUUCAGUUGGGACAAAAUAGUGGACGACUGGAAAGGUUGGAAUAAAUGGAUCAGGGAGCAAGGUGGUAUAGGAAUUCAACAGGACAAAAGUUGGCAGUCGUGGUGGAAUGAGGAACAAGCCCAUCUCUGUCGUUCAGGGCUGGGUGCUAGACUUUUUGAGAUGCUACUUUCUGUUCGUUUUUUCAUGUACCAAUAUGGUCUGGUGUAUCACCUUGACAUCUCUCAGCACAGCAAAAAUUUUCUUGUUUAUUUGCUUUCAUGGGUUGUGCUUCUUGCAGUUUUCUUAUUGUUCAAGGCUGUGAACAUGGGAAGGCAACAAUUCAGUGCUAAUUACCACCUAGUGUUCAGAUUUUUUAAAGCAUUUCUCUUCAUUGCUGUUCUGUCCAUUAUAAUCACUCUGUCCCAUAUUUGUGAACUAUCCUUGAAGGACGUAAUUGUGUGCUGUCUAGCAUUUUUGCCAACCGGAUGGGGUUUGAUAUUGAUUGCACAAGCUGUAAGACCCAAGAUUGAGAAUACCGGACUAUGGGAUUUCGCCCAGGUCCUUGCUAAGGCAUAUGAUUAUGGAAUGGGUGUUGUUCUUUUUGCACCCAUAGCUAUUUUAGCAUGGCUUCCAAUCAUAUCAGCCUUCCAGACUCGAUUUCUUUUCAAUGAAGCCUUCAACAGGCAUUUGCAAAUUCAACCAAUUCUUGCAGGAAAGAAGAAAAGGCAUUAAAAUUCUUUUGACCCCUUUUUUUUGUGUGUUCAAGCUAUUACUAUUAUUUGUAACUUGUUGAAGUCAUUUGUUUGAAAGGCUGCCACAAAGCAUUCACAGGCUUAGCUUGACAAUAAGUAGGUAUGCAUUUAAUUUGAGCAAAGUCUUAAGUUCGAGCCCCUCCUUUUUUUGUAAUAUAAAAAAAAGAACACCUGACACAAUUAGGAAACAACUCAAUAUUCAUACUGUAUGUAAAACGAUUAUUGUGUAGCUAUAUGCAAACUCUGUAAAAUGAUCACUGACAUAUAUGUACAGGCUGAAAUUCUUA